CAUGCGCGCUCCCCGCCGUGACGUCACCACCCUCCGGUGCAGGCCUGCUCCUUCCCGCGCCGAGGAUGCCGAACUUCUGCGCGGCUCCGAACUGCACCCGCAAGAGCACUUCCGCCGACCUGGCCUUCUUCCGCUUCCCCAGGGACCCCGUCCGAUGUCAGCGGUGGGUGGAGAACUGCCGAAGGGCCGACCUGGAAGAUAAGACGCCCGACCAACUCAACAAGCAUUACAGGCUCUGCGCAAAUCAUUUUGAGACUUCGAUGAUAUGUAGAAGUAGCCCCUACAGGACAGUUUUACGAGACAACGCUGUGCCAACGAUAUUCGACCUCACGAGCCAUUUGAACAAUCCGCGCAGCAGGCACCGGAAAAGGAUCAAAGAAUUGAGUGAAGAAGAAAUACGAACGUUAAAGCAACGAAAGACUGAUGAACAUUUUGAGCAGGAAAAAGCGAACCAAGAGCCCGUGGACAACGACAUCCCAAACCCGGCUUCUGUGGAAGGAGGAGAUGAGCCCGCCGAGGACGACAACCCUUUAACGCAAGAAGAGAAAGAAAACAAAGACUACCUGAAAUCCUUAUUUGAAAUCCUAAUCCUGAUGGGCAAACAAAACAUCCCUUUGGAUGGCCACAACGCGGACGCCCUCCCCAAAGGCAUCUUCACGCCGGACAACUUCCAGGCCCUCUUGGACUUCAGGAUAAACUCUGGAGACGAGGUCUUGAGGAAGCGGUUUGAGACGAUGGCCGUGAACCUGGCUUACUGCUCCAAGAUGGACCAGAAGCAAAUGCUGGAGAUCUGUGAGAACUGCGUGCGCGAGGAGACCCUCCGGGAAGUCAGGGAUUCCCACUUCUUCUCCGUCGUCACGGAUGAGCUGGUGGACCUCGCCGGCGAGGAGCACUUGCCGAUACUCGUGAGGUUCGUCGACGACUGUCACAACUUGCGAGAGGAAUUCAUUGGCUUCCUGCCAUACGAGGCCGAUCCCGAAAUCCUAGCCGUGAAGUUCCAUACGGCGAUUACUGAAAAAUGGGGUUUGAACAUGGAAUAUUGCCGGGGCCAGGCUUACAUUGUCUCCAGCGGCAUUGCUUCCAAAAUGAAGACCGUGGCGACAAGGAUCUUGGAAAAAUACCCCCAAGCUGUAUAUACUUUGUCCGCUUCGUGCGCCUUGAACAUCUGGUUGGCCAAGUCGAUUCCUGUGACGGGAGUCUCCGUGGCACUCGGAACGAUAGAGGAGGUUUGCUCGUUCUUUCGCCAGUCGCUUCAGCUGAUGGGGGACUUGGACAACGUCAUCUCGCUCCUCUUCCAAAACAGCGAGGAGAAAGGGAACGAAUUGAAGGAGAUUGUCCGCUCCGACUGGACGGGGCGACACGAUACCUUUGAGAUCGUGGUGGACCUCCUGCAGGCCUUUGUGAUGUGCCUGGACGCCAUCAAUGACGCCGCCGUCCGGUGGAGCAGCUCCGUUUCCGGCCAAGCGUACAUCCUUUCCACGGCGUUGGCGGAGUUCGACUUCAUUGCGACGGUGGUGAUCAUCAAGAACAUCCUCUCCUUCACCAGAGCCUUCGGGAAGAACCUCCAGGGUCAAACGUCGGACGUCUUCUUCGCCGCCAGCAGUUUGACGGCCGUGUUGCAUUCCUUGAACGAGGUCAUGGAGAACAUUGAGGUGUACCACGAAUUCUGGUUUGAGGAGGCCACCAACUUGGCUAUGAAGCUGGACAUCCCUGUCAAGCUGCCGGGGAAAUUUUGCCGAGCCCAACAAGGGAAUUUGGACUCUGAGAUGACGCCGGAAAACUACUACAAAGAAGCACUUAGCAUCCCGACCGUAGAGCACAUCAUCCAGGAACUGAAGGACAUCUUUUCGGAGCAGCAUCUUCGAGCGCUGAAGUGUUUGUCUUUAGUGCCCUCGGUGAUGGGGCAGCUCAAAUUCAAUACGUCCGAGGAACAUCACGCCGACAUGUACAAAAACGACCUCACCAAUCCAGACACGUUGUCCGCGGAACUCCACUGCUGGAGAAUCAAGUGGAAACACAGAGGGAAGGAUAUCGAGCUGCCCACCACCAUUUACGAAACCCUUCACCUCCCCGACAUCAAGUUCUUCCCCAAUGUCUACGCCUUGCUCAAAGUCCUCUGCAUCCUGCCCGUCAUGAAGGUGGAGAACGAAAAGUUCGAAAUCGGGCGAAGGCGCCUCAAGGCCUACUUGAAGAACACGUUGACUGAACAGAGGUCGAGCAACCUCGCCUUGCUGAACAUCAACUUUGACAUUAAGCACGACUUGGAUCUAAUGGUGGACACCUACAUCAAACUGUAUCCCGACAAAGCAAAGAAUUCCGAAGAAUUCAUUCCGCCCUCGGAAGGAGUGGAAGAGACUUAACGGAAUUGGAGGGGAAGGGGACCCGAACCCUUGCUUCUGUUUUUGGAUACUUGUUUUGCCUUGACCAGUUUGUAUAAACCCGGAGGACUAAGCAAUCAUUUCAAAACUCCUUCUGGGUUGCUGUGAGUUUUCCAGGCUGUAUUGCCAACUUCCAGAAGCAUUCUCUUCUGACAUUUCGCCCACAUCUAUGACUAGUUGUGAAGUCUAUUGGAAACUUGGCAAGUGGAAUAUAUAUAUAUCUGUGGAAUAAUGUCCAGGGAGGAAGAAAAAAACUCUUGUCUGUUGGAGACAAGUGUGAAUGCUGCAACUGGCCACCUGGAUUAGCAUUGAAUGGCCUUGCAGCUUCAAGGUCUAGCUGCUUACUGCCUGGGGGAAUCCUUUGUCGGGAGAAAAUUAGCUGGCUUCUUUUGUUGGGAGGUGAUUAGCUAGCCCUGUUCGUAUCUUAGCUCAACAAAUAUCCCACUUAUACAGAAAAUAGAAAAUAAUAGAAUUCAACGUAUAAUUGUAUGCACUUGUUAUACUGUUCACAGUGAUCACAAACAAUAUUAUAGUUUUUGUAGUCACUUUG